AGAGGUGAAAAGUGUGACCUUAUGGUCAGCGCCACCUCCGAAGUCUUCGGGAUCCAGAUAUAGCCGAUUUGAGCUUUGUUUGUCAUUGCUACCGUGAGAGCAGUAAGCAAUUUUAAACAUGAAACUCCACUUAUUGUGUUAGCGCUUGAUGUCUGGGUUAUUUGUUUUUUAAACGGUGAAUACUACAGUUGAAAAACAUUUGGAUGAAUCUCGACCCUGUGGAGUGGGACUGUAAUUUAUGGACGAUGUUUGAGCAACGUUGAAGUGACCUUGAGAAUGUCCACCUACUUGCUACAGCCAGUUGAGUGCUUUAAGCCUGUGUGGAGAAUAAGGAUUAUGAUGUACAGUUGAUGGUUAAGUAACUUCAACCAGUUACCAGACUUAACUGUCUAUUAGAGAUAUUCAACCAUUCUUAUGUGUGAAUGGAUCAAAGAGAAUCCAAUAGAACGGUUGGGUCUCUGAAGUCUACUUCUUCUCUUGUUGAACUAUCUAACAGCGCGGAACAUCAUAUUACUCAUCCACCAUUUACUAAAGGUGCAUCAACCGGAACAUAUACAACCACCAGAUCAGGAGAUGGUUUGUCACUACGUACCUCUUACCACCAACUACUACCAACAUCUUCAGAGUAUUCAGCAAGCAUAUCAUCAAACCCUUCUCGCUCCUCGUUUCUAUCACGUCAAGUAUCCUUUGAUCAAGGAGGAGAAGGUCGUCUUUCUUCAACACAGGUCAAACAACGUUUAAAAGCCUACUUGCUUAAUCGUCGUCGUGGUCGUGUUUUAAGUAAUAGACAUUGGAGAACAGAUGGUAAAUUACCUGGUUCAUCGCAAAAUCCCUUUACUGAGUCAGAUUUCGAUGAAAAUUUAGAACAUCCAGGAGGUGAUUCAGGUCAACAUGGAAUUUCUCAUAUAGUCGAUCAUUGGCAUAGUGCAGAUUCACCUUCUUUCAGUGAGUGGGAUUUAGGUGAUGACAAUCUACUCGCACAUCAGCAUCACUCACUAGAUUUGGAUAUGCAGAGAAAAUUAGCAGAUUUCAACGCUUCCAUAAAAUCUACAUGUCUUUCAUCGAAUUUAGAACAUAUCUCUCAUUCAUCAUCACUUUCUCAAUCUAGUAAUAUACCGUCUUUCAAUUCUGCAAAUAUAAAAGAGUUAAACAAAGAACGUGGGGAUAUUGGUAUUGUUCUGGGUAGCACUGUUGCUAGUGAGCGAGAACCGGACUCUACAGAACUAACAAAAUCCAAUCAAUAUUUAGAACAACUAAAUUAUCACUUAGUCUCUAAAUAUAAUGGUCGUUUAACAAAUGAACAAAUACAAACAAUGAUUGCAUUGCUUAGAAUAAUUAGUCAGUCUAGACAACAAAUAAAAAGGACGUCAUCAAUAAAUUUGGAAGAGUUGAGAAAUGAUGCAGAUUCUCACUAUCAAUCACAAAGAGUUCAUUAUCGUGAAUAUGAUUCAACGCAGCUUGAAGGAUACCUUCCUUUCUCCGAAUUCGGUGCCAAUGUGAAUUAUCAUGAAGCAUUGUCAGCACUUGUAAAACUUUGCCAGGAAGCAUCAUCUACAAUUUCAGUCCAGUCAAACGUUGUUGAAUCUCAGCAUAGAAAUUCAAUAAAUAAAUCUCAUUCCUUGUGUGUAUCAAGUCAAAUGGAUUGGGAAAGUCAAUCAUCACCAAACUGUACUAAAUCUAACUUGAUUUACAAUUCAGUGUUGAAUCCACUUACUCAACAAAAUAUAUCUACAGAUAUAGAUGAUGAUUGUGGAGGUAAUGACAGAAAGUGUGGUGAUGAUGAUGACGUCGAUAAUGCUACAUCCUCUAAUCCUAUUGUCAAUAGCGCCAAAAAUAAUUAUGACAAUAAUUCAUCAGAAAUAUAUUAUCAAUCUCAUAAAUUAGCAUCAGAUAUUUGGUCUGCUCUACCGGAAAGUGAUUGGCUUCCUCAGAGUUAUCGUGCAGACAUGAAAACAACUUGUUAUCCCAACAUCCCAAAUCACAGUUUAGUAACUGCCGUCGCCUUUGAUCCAGAGAUGCUUGAACACAAAUGUCUGUGUCCCAAUGCUCAUGAUUCAAGUAUUCAUCCUGAAUGUCCAGAUCGUCUAACUCCUGCUUUAGAACGCCUUGUGCGUACACCCCUUUGUAUACCUCCACAUAUGUCGUCAUAUGCAUCAAAUAAUUUAAUUGAAAGUUUUAAAUUUACUGUCUUAUAUGAUAUGCCUGAUCUACAGCAUGAUUUCAGUCAAUUUUUACAAAGUCAUUCAGAUAUUUCAGAAGCUUUAAUUACACAUUUACCUUUACUGGCAUUCUGUCGUUUAGUUCGUGCACGAAUGGCGACAAUGAAUGAAUUACAAAUAUUCCAUUCAAAUGAAUAUGUUCAAACAUUUGGCACUAUUCCCACUGUUUCGAAUGAUGAUCGACCGUCGUCAAAAUGUUCAAAUGAAUCGUCAUCAUUAUCAACUGUAUCUUGUGGAUCUACAACUAUUGAUCGUGGAUUACCAGUAUUUAAUUCAUGUACCAAGACAAGUUUAUCAAAUCAAUUAUGUUCAUUAGCUUGUGGUGGUGUUGGUGUAGAUUCAGAUACAGUUUGGAAUCCGUAUAAAACAGCUCGUGCUGCUCGUUUAGCUGUUGGUCAAGUUUUAUGCCUUGCUUAUCAGGUAGCGAAACGUCAUUUCCGUAAUGGAUUCGCCAUUGUUCGCCCACCUGGUCACCAUGCUGAACCAGAUCAAGCUAUGGGAUUUUGUUAUUUUAAUUCUGUUGCAAUUGCUGCAUUGCAUUUAUUACGUGAGCGUAUUGUUUCGAAAGUUUUAAUUCUUGACUGGGACAUCCAUCAUGGCAAUGGAACUAAGCUGGCUACAACACAUCCUGGACUGGUUUAUUUAAGCUUGCAUAGAUAUGAUGGUGGGACUUUUUUUCCUGGUACUGGUUCAGUAUCUAAUUGUACAGAAGAGAAUCAAUCCUCGCGAAGUAAUUCUUGUGAUAGCGAUCACACCUCUACUACUCCUGUUGCUGUACCAGUUUCUGAUAGUAACAUUUCCUCAGAAAAAUUCGAUCAUUUCGAUGAUCAUGGUUCAAACCAUAAGGCAAAUAUAAAUUUCAAUAAUAAAUUUGUCAAUAAUUUUUCUAAUACAAUAACUCCAUCAGCUCAGUUAAUAAAUAUUGCAUGGGAAAAUCCAUACAACGGUAAAAGUGAUAAUAAUUAUACUGAAAUAAUUAGAUCACAAAUGAAACGUCGAUCAACAACUACAUCUACUGUUAAUCCUUAUAGUUUAGAUGCUGAUGAAAGAAGAAAACGAUGGUUUCAAAAUGCUGCUAAUCGACCAACACAGGAUAAACAAAAGGUAUACAAAACUAUUGGGUCAUCUGAUCAUCAUCAGUAUCUGAGUUAUUCAAAUCAAUGUAAUUUUGAACAACACAAUUCUUUAUCAUCCUCUUCAAUAUCUUUGCCAUUUCAACAUCCUACAUCUAUAAGAAAUAGUCAAAAUUCUGAUCUUACACCAUUUUGUACAUGUCCAUCUAAUAAAGCAACAAGUACUGGAAGUAGUCAAGUUUGUUCAUUCUGUUUAUCACAAUCGAUUGAAUCAUGCUCAGAUAAAUCAGAUCUAUUAUUGCCUGAAACUAAUCCAAUUAAUUGUCAUCCUUAUCAUUCAUAUCCACAUUUUCAACAAUAUCCACCAGCAUCAAAUACGUCUAAUCAUCAACAUCAUAAUCAACCACUGUCAUCUGGUACUUGGAAAGAACCUUUACUAGGUUUAAGUGACGCAGAGUACUUAGCUGCAAUGCGUUCUAUUGUUAUACCAGUCGGACAUGAAUUUCAACCAGAUAUUAUAUUGAUUUCAGCUGGUUAUGACGCUGCUUAUGGGCAUGGUGAAGCAUUAGGCGGUUAUUCUGUAUCAGCUGGUUUAUUUGCAUGGAUUACGCAUCAGUGUAUGUCUAUAUCAAAUAGUCGUAUAGUUUUAGCAUUGGAAGGUGGUUAUUCUCCCUCAACUGUAGCUGAUUGUAUUACAUCUUGUGUAAAUGCAUUAUUACUCCCUGCUUCACAAUCACAUUGGAUUCCUGUACUGAAUAAUGAACAACCAAAUAAAUGUGUAAAUAUUGAUGGCGCUCAAGAGGCAUGGAUGAAUGCUGUAUACUGGAUACCAAAUUCUGAAUUAAUUCGUCCACCUAGACCUGAAGCUGUUGUCAAUUUAAUGACUACAAUUCGACAUCAUGCUAAAACUGGAUGGAAAUGUUUUACAAAUGUAUCAGAAGAAAAUGUUGCGAUGUCAUUUUCUGAAGCUAUUCAUAUGGAGCAUCAAUUAGUUGAAAUGAAUAAACCAACUGAAUUCAAUUCAAUGAAAAGUAGAAAAUUAAGUGAUAGUAGUAGUAGUAUUCCAUCAUCAUCAGUGGAAGCACCAAUUGUAUCAUCAACAUCUUCUUCUUCAACAACAGCAGCUUAUCGAUUAAGCAAUUCACAUUUAUCCGAUUAUAUGGCUAAAUUACAUAUGGAUCAAUCUUAAAUGUUAUCUCUCUUGUAUUUGUCAAAAAAAAUCAUAUUGAAUUUACAAAUGUACUCAAAUCAUGUAUUUUCUUUUACUGUAGUUCUUCUUUAAUAUUGUACAUUAUUGAGAUUGUUUAUAUUUAUUACCGUUAUAAUAUGAUAUAUUAUUAUUAUUAUUACUAUUAUCAUUAUCAUUAUUAUAAAUGAAUAAAUUGAAAAGAUGUCUAUUAUUUGAUAUCUAACCCUAGUCAAUAGAUUUCUGUCACUUUUGUAUACAAUCCUAAUUAGCAAGUUAAAGAAUUAUGUUUGUGCAUGUAUGUAUGUGUCAGUUUAACUUUCUUUUUUCCUCAGUUCUCAUUUAUUUGAUUUUUCAUCAACUUUUUUUCAGUUUUUAUUAUCUCAUUAGGCCUCUAUUUUUCCAUAAAAUGAUCUAUUCCAUCUCUUCUCUAUUUCUUUGUUGUUUUUUUUUACAUAUAUAUCCAUACGUAUUGUUAUAAGAUUUGUAUUAAAUUGACAUUUUGCAUCUGUAAAUAUCUCGACGGCUUAUUCAUUUUAUUUUUUUUCUUAUUGUUUUUGAGAUAUUCCAAAUGUUCCAGCUUUGAGGGUAGGAGUGUAGUUAUAAAGGAAUUGUAGUCCAUCUCUCUUUGAAUGUAUUUAUGUGUGUCUAUUUUGAUAAUUGAACAGUCUACUAAUUUUAUCAUUUAGAAACGAUUCAUUUUAAUUUUAUGUAUUUAUCAAUAAUCAAUACUUUAUUAUUAACUAGUCUAUUACAUUGUUCUCUUUAAUUAUUCUUAUGUACAUUAUUCAGAAAUAUAUAUUAGUGAUAAUAAUGAUAAUCGAUUUUCCAAAUAAUUAACAACAUUAGCUGAUCAUUCUUUGUAUAUAUAUCAACUAAGUAAUUGCAACUCCUUAUAUAUAUCUAUGAUAGCCAAAUAGAAUCAAUCAUUUUGCAAUAUCGUUCUCUUUCUCUCUCUCUCUCUCUGAAUGUAUUAGUUUAUUUUCCUUUUAUGGAACCUUUUUUUACGGAAGAAAAAAAAGACUCAGCAGUUUAUGUCAUUUCUAUCCUAAUUAGUGAUUAUUAUUAAUUUAUUAUACUGAGUAUGAUGAUAAUUCUCUUCUUUUUUUUCCUAAUAUUUUCUGCUUUGUUCCUGUGUUUCCGUUCAUUCUUUCAUAUCUCUUUUGUUUUCCAAAUUACAUAUUACAGUAUGAUAAAGUGAUAUUGGCUUUGACAUGUCCCUUUUUGUAUGGUUUAUGUAUAGAGCUAUUUUGACAUAUUAACAUCAUUGGUCUUAUACAUAUAUGUAUUCGUGUUGAGUCGUUCUUUUAUCCUUAAAUCCUUUUCUUGUUUUUGCCUUGGUAUUCCUAUUGUGAUUGUUUGUUACUGAGGUACAGUAUAAGGAUAUCAAUCUAUACAGAAUGAUAAAUGUAUAUUCGUAUAAAUAACUGUUGAUGGUACAAUAAAUAAGUAUCAUAUCAAUCUAAUUGUCAUAAAUACUAAUUUUCUCUCUCUUUUACCGUGCUCUGUUCACUUAAGUUUCCUGGUUUAUUUUUCUGUUCGUUUGUUUCUUUUUCUUAUGCUUUUUUACAGUUAUUAGUUUUCAUUAACUUGGUUUAGUGAUUGUGAACUACGUUUGACAACCUGAAUUACUCUCAUUUUGCAGGACUGUGUUCAUAAUAUUCAUUUCAAUGAAACUUCUAUUAUUACUAGGUUUUUGUAUACAAGUGAACAUAUAUUCCUUUAAAAGAGUGAAUUAUAAGUAAUGAGUCCGAAUCAAAUAUCACUUUUCAUUAAUGAUUUUGAAAGUUUUGAAAUGAUAUCAUGUAUUGAUGCACAAGACAAUAGUGGGGGAUACUAUGUGGGACUCAAUGCGAACUUACAAUCUAUAAAAUGAUCGAACUGAAGACUUUCAGAUCUUAAAGCUACCAUAUAUAUCUUUAAAGUAUCAGUCAGUCGUAACCAGCGUGGAAUCUGAAACAUAUGUGACUUUUAAAGUACAGUUUUACAGUAACAAUAUUAUUUAGUCUAACUUUAAAAGAGUACGAAAGUAGUCUGUGCUAAAAAGUCUACGUCAUAACGUCUGCUUUAAAUUUUCCACAUAUAUAAAUUGAGGCCUGAUUGUUAGGUGUACAUCUUUUACGUUGUAUCAAUGAAUCCAUUUAGAUCAAAAUUAUUUCCAGUUUAAAAUUGAUUCACAUAAUUCAAAUACUCAUCUAUACGAUGUUAUAUUAUUAAUCGCUUAAUGAUUUUAUCUCCUUGUAAAUAAUUCUUCAGUCUGUUUUAUAUUACCCAAGCUUUUGUAGACUACAGAUUUAAGGUGAACAAUAUACUUUUUGCUAAUCGUAACCAGUUUACUAAUAUAGCCCUAUUAGUGACACAUUUCCCUAUAAUCCAGUGGAAUACCACUAGUUUCAUUUGAUUUUGUGUCAAUAAAGAUUUAGUUGAAAUAAAUUAUUUUCUGUCACAUCUACUUCACAUGAUCUUCCUUUCAAAAAAGUUACUAUGAACGCAACAAAUAAUAUUUCUCAUAAUACUUUAGAUAAUCAACAACAAAUCCACCAUCAGUAUUUUUGUAGUCAUGCGAAUUGCGGUAUGAACAGUCAUUUUAAUCAUCACUUCAGAAUCACUCAAGGUCGGUAUAUCUCUAUAUUGCCACUUUCGAUUAUCCUAUUCGUCAGUUAGUUAAUAUUUUUUAGACUUAUUUUGUCUAAUCAACCAAGUACAAGUUUGUAUACUUGGCUUUGAAUGUGCAAGCUUAUGAUACUACCUAGUUCCUUACGCUCUGAGUGCGGAUCUACCACUUUAAAGAUAAAAAUCGAACACCUUGACCACUACGCUACCAUCCCACUGAAUUCCUUUAGCAUAUAAAACAAAACUUUUAACAAAACAGUAUACUUCUG